GGCAAAAAUCUCUUGAGGUCAUAUGUUGAACCAAACUUCAGGGAAAUCCCCCAAAACACUUUCAUGGUCUAUAUAAUAACUUCAACAAAUCAUGGAUACCUUUUACUAGCGAUCAACUUUGGUACCCUGGAGGAGCUCCCAAAAAUGAACAUUCUAAUUGUUUUCGCCCUUCCGCUCUACAUGGCGUCCUUGGUUCGGAGCGCACCUCUUCCAGGGUUAUCCGGGGAUAACUUCAGAUCACUUGUGGAUACAGAUUUUUACAACAACGUCGACAUCAGCCUCAGUAUACUGAGGAAAAUCGUCCACGCCAUUCCCGAGACGCACAACGCAUGCCUCACCUCAAAGGCAUUUCAGCUCAACUCGACAAAAGGCGAGUUUAAGUUGGUGGCAGAAAGAAUUGGCAUUCCCGUCUCCCCCGUUCUUCUCUUGUCAGAACAUUCUAAAUUUCAGGAGACCAGUUUGGUCCGGAUGUCUGAGGGCCUUCUGCUGCAUCAAUCUCUGCUCAGCAACAUUUCCACUCACCUGGGACCCCAGGACACAGUGACAGAGCUGCUUACCGACAUCAGAGAUCUGCUGUUCCACAUCCGCAAGCUGCUGAAGGACAUCAAGGUGGAUUCAGCGGAGCAGCCCGCGGCCCCCUGGCCGGACCUCAAUCUGUCCGAUGACUUUGAUGUUCAGGUGACCACUCACGUCACUCUGCAGCAGCUGCAGGGCUUCGGCCAGGACAUGGAGCGGAUCCUAAGACUAGUGGCCCAAGCCAACGAGGACGUGACCCAGCCCACCGACUCUGAGCAAUUGUAGUGAAGAAAGCCCUCACACUCCAUGCCUCCCACCCCACACUCCAUGCCUCCCACCCCACACUCCAUGCCUCCCAAACCAGUCUCCAGGCCUCCCACCCCACACUCCAUGCCUCCCACCCUAGUCUCCAUGCCUCCCACCCCAGUCUCCAUGCCUCCCACCCCACACUCCAUGCCUCCCACCCUAGUCUCCAUGCCUCCCCCUCCAGACUCCAUGCCUCCCAAACCAGUCUCCCUGCCUCCCACCCUAGUCUCCAUGCCUCCCCCCCAGACUCCAUGCCUCCCUGCCUCUUACCCUGCACUCCAUUCUCCCCUGCAAAAUCCGAAGAAACUCAAAGAAACAAGACAAGAGUAGCUAUAGGAAUCAGAACACAAGGGGGGUAUGUCUAUGUUUGAGUUUGAGUCUGGAUCUGCCGCCACACAGGGGCGGCAGAUCCAGAUGUGGACCUCAACAUCCUGAAAGUCUACAUCAGGGAUUUCAACUUGAUGGGAGUAUCAUGGAUGUAUCAUUUUAUUUAUUAAUAACCGUAUUUUAUUUUUAUAUAUAUAUAUAUAUAUAUAUAACUUAUUUAUUUUUUCUAUUGUGUAUUUAUUUUUGGAAACGUACUUUCGAUAUUGACAGUGAUUAGAUUAUUUUGAUAUACUAGACUUUUAUUUAAGGGUUGGUCUUGAGUAGGAUCUUGGGAACCAGAUUGUUAUCAUAAAGACAUUAGCCGCGUUUACAUGGACACAUCUGAUCCGCAUAGAAAUCUAUGCGGAUCAGAUGUGCCAUGUAAACGCGGCUAUUUGCAUCAUGGAGCUGCUGGCAAUUCUAAUGGUGUAGAAUAAUGGAUAGAAUAAUAUUCAGUAAAUGGAAUGACUGUGUUCAUUUGUGAAUGACUUUCAAGCUCCUUAGACCAUACUGCCAAACCUCCCAUUUUUUGGAAGAUUAUACUUGAAACAAAGCGACAAGCUGGGUGAGACUUGACCAGCAAAAUAAUUUGGCCCCUCAGUUUCAACUUGCGGUUUCGUUCAAAUCGUCCCUUUUGUAAUACAGAGGUGAAAAAAGUAAUUUCGUUCUGAUUUGAGUACCAAGUGUCUUUUUCCCUGACCUGUUUCCGAGAGGAAACGUCACAGGAUGUUUGUUGUAGUGUCAUGCCAGGCCAGACUUUGCAAUAUGAAGAAAUGUAGCAACGUCCCCAACAUGUGACUCGACUGACGAUGUUGCGUUUGUAGUUGUGGGUCAUUUUUUUUUUAUUUGAACUGUGUAACCACAUGGUCAUGUGUUAUGCUGCUCAGAUAAUUACUAUUUGCGGAGAAGAGAAAUAUUUAACAUGCCUUAAGAUGAAUAUGUACCUAAUUUAUACUAGUUGUUUACCAUUUUACGUAUUUUCAAGCUGCACAUAUAUAUUUAUUAAAAAUAUUAUAUUAGAAAAUUCUCUGCA